UAUGAUCUAAACAUUACACGACUGUAGACCAAACACAAGAAGACUUUCACAUCUUCUUCUCUCUCUCUCUCUGCCCUCCUAAAUUUCCUCUUUCAUCUAGUUUUCUGAGCCGUCUUCUUGAAAGUACUGCUCCCCAGCCCAAUUUCCGGCAUUUGCAUCGGAGAAAACGUCACCGGAAAUUCAAGAAGCUCGGUGCUGAAAUGUUUUCUGGUUAUUAGACAGGUGAACAGCUACCUAGAUUUAAGGUCCAUGUUCUAGAAACCUCAUGAAGUAUAGCAAAAUUUCAUCUUCUUUUAGCUGAAGAUACUCAUGUCGUGCUCACCGGCGAUAAUUCUCUGGCGACUCUGAUUCCGUUAUCUGCAGAGCUUACAGGUGGUGGUUCUGUGAAGUGGGAUUUGCUAAUUAGCUCAUUUCUGAUCUGGUCGUGGUCAAAAGUUGAUCGUAGUUGGUAGUUGGCGAUAUAUUUUUUUUUUUUUAAAUUAGAUUGACUGGUGGAUAGAUACACAAGUCUGAGAGCUGAGUGCUGUGACCAUAAGCCGUAGAAACGAAAAAGGAGCUUUAUAUCCUAAAAGUUUUUUUGCAGCAUAAAUGCCCCAAAAUUUCCCUUUCUAGCAGUCUAAAAAUCCCUUUUAACAACUCCAGUACUCUUUCCAUGCCUGCCGAUAUGGAUAACUCUUCUGUCAUGAAUGAUUCUACCGCUUCCGGUGAUGCCAGUGCUUCUUCUUCAGGCAAUCAAGCGGCAGCCCCUCCUACAUCAUCUGCCAAGAAAAAACGAAAUCUCCCAGGCAUGCCAGAUCCGGAUGCAGAGGUGAUUGCUUUGUCACCAAAGACUCUGUUGGCAACAAAUAGAUUUGUGUGCGAAAUUUGCAAUAAAGGGUUCCAAAGGGACCAGAAUUUGCAGCUGCAUCGGAGAGGACAUAAUUUGCCUUGGAAACUUAGGCAGAGAUCGAGCAAAGAGGUCAAGAAGAGAGUUUAUGUAUGCCCUGAACUCACCUGUGUUCACCACGAUCCUUCUCGAGCAUUGGGCGAUUUGACCGGAAUUAAGAAGCAUUUCUGCAGAAAACAUGGCGAAAAGAAGUGGAAAUGCGACAAGUGUUCGAAGAAAUAUGCUGUUCAGUCUGAUUGGAAAGCUCAUUCAAAGAUUUGUGGAACUAGAGAAUAUAAAUGUGAUUGUGGGACUCUGUUUUCAAGGAGGGAUAGCUUUAUUACACACAGAGCUUUUUGUGAUGCAUUAGCUGAGGAGAGUGCAAAAGCACAGACAGUUGAGGCACUUCCAGCUCCUACUGCUGAUGAUGAGGAGCCGAAGCUUCAAACACUUGCAUCCUCAUCACCACCACCUUCGGUAGCAGUUCAGCCUCCUCCACCAGCUGCUUUAGUAUCUUCAGCUUUGCCUGUUCAAAAUCCAGAGGGACCUGAAAAUCCCAAGCAAAGUCCCGCUCCACCUCAGAUUCUAGAGGAAACAUCUGUUGUGACCAGCUUAACCGGCAGCUGUGGUAGCAGCAGCAGCUCAAGCAGUCAUGGAAGUACUAGCAGCAGCGUGUUUGCAAGCUUAUUUGCCUCAUCAACAACAUCGGCAAGCUUGCAAUCUCAAACACCUGAAUUUACUGACUUGUUUAGAGCUGUGGCUCGUCCUGAGAAUGCAUCUGAAGUCGUAGCGUCUUCUUCCACGGAACCCAUAUCCCUCUGUCUUGCUACAAGUCACGGUUCAUCAAUUUUUGGAACAGCAGGGCAAGAGCGUAGGCAGUAUGCGCCUGCACCACAACCUGCCAUGUCUGCAACAGCAUUACUGCAAAAAGCUGCUCAGAUUGGAGCAGCAGCAACUAAUGCUUCACUCCUGAGAGGGUUCGGGAUUGUUUCUUCGGCGUCAGCUUCCAGCGGGCAGCAGGAGUGGAGUGGGAGGGGAAUUGAGUCUGAUAGUGCAUCAUUGGCAGCAGGCCUGGGACUUGGGCUGCCAUGUGACGGUGGGUCUAGCUUGAAGGAACUGAUGUUGGGGACUCCAUCUGUAUUCGGUCCCAAGCAUACUACCCUUGACCUUCUUGGAUUGGGGAUGGCAGCUGGUGGAGGCCCAUCAGGCGGAUUUUCUGCCUUAAUGACAUCAAUUGGUGGCGGCCUUGAUGUUGCUGCUGCUGCAGCGGCAACAUUUGGUGGCAGCGGCGAGUACUCUGGUAAAGAUAUGGGAAGGGGAUCAUGACAACAAUUAGAACAUUUGUUUUCAUGAAAGUCAAGGCUUUCAUAGUUGACAUUUCGGAAGUGUGAUUUGUGAGGUGGCAUCGAGCUUUAUUAUCAAUUAGUCUUGCAGCAGCAAAUAGCGACUCUUGGCCCGGCGAUGCUCCUUAAAAAAUUAAGCAUUACAGUAUAGGCAGUGAGAGUGAGUCGGUUUUAAUAUUUGUUCUGCUGCCUGUCAAGGUUGAAGAGACCCUUUCCGUGAAAUAUAAGUAGCCAAAGGUCCUGAGACCUUUUAAACACUUUUGAUUAUAUAUGUAAGAUGAUGUUAAAAUGGUGGCACUUUUGUGAGUAUAAUAGUAGAAGAUAGGAGUAAAAGCAAUCGGCCACAAUGUUGGUGAAUAGUCCAGUAUUCGGUACGGUUACUGAUAAUCCAAGAUCAGAUUAGAUUAAUUA